AUGGAGAGACUGAUAGAAGAAUGCGAGCUCGAAUGUCCGGACGACAAGCAGAUUCAGAUUUUUGAUAAAUGCCUCGCAUUGGUUCGAGCUGAUCGUGAUGUGCGUAGCAAAUCGUGUGGUUGGUUGCUAUUAACGAAGAUUCUUGAGAGAUGCAGCCCUGCGUGUCUUCGAGCCGUGCAGUCACGUGUUGUCAAGAAAUUGGUCGAUGUCAAGGGCGAUCCAAACAUCUAUAACGGUGUUUUCGUUCGGCAGUUGCUUAUCCGGAACCCGCAGGUGGGAAAUCUUCAUGCUGAACUCGUUAGAGACAUAAUAUUCCGAUUUGUUGACAUUGCUGUAAGGAGUGGCGAUUCAACUCUUGAGAAGCUGUGCUAUGAGCUGUAUUCCAUCCGAUACGGUUGUGAUUCACAGAUGACCGAAAGGCUCUUGGCCACCCUUUCUGCAGCAAUUUCCAAUCGGCUAUUGUCGCAUGAGGAGCGAGUAGGUUCGUCGUAG